ACCAAACUCAAACUUAAAAAUGACUGGUUCAUUCAUUUCGGAAUUCCCUAUUUUGCCCUUCCCUCGCCUUCUUCCUCGACAAGCUUCAGCCAAUUAACUACACUUCCAUUCCCCAAAAUCACUAUUUCCACUCCUUAUUUCUACCAUCCAAAUAAUUCAAGUCUGAUUUUGCCCUUGAAGUGCGUGCAAUUGGAGACAGUUUGAAGCACAAUGCUGGCAAGCAAGCAAAUUUCAGCAUACAAUGAUCCCUCCAAAGCAUUUGUCGGAAUUCGAUUCGUUCUCUUCGGGUUCGAUUCAGUUAUAGAAGACGAGGUGCGGGCGAAGCUUUUAGAAGGAGGGGCAGUUGAUACUGUGAAUUAUGGUCCAGAUUGUAAUCACGUGAUCGUCGAUAAUCUUCUUUAUGAUGAUCCCAUAUGUGCUGCUGCGCGAAGAGAUGGCAAGAUAUUGGUGAUUGGAAAAUGGGUAGAUCACUGUUUUGAUGGGGGGAUGCUUGUUGAUCCUACUUCUGUCAUGUAUUGGCCAGUAAGAGAUCCGAGUGGGAUUCCAGCCGCUAAGUCCCUGGUUAUGUGCCUGACUGGAUAUCUAAGACAGGAUCGAGAUGAUGUCAUGAAUAUGGUUGCCUUGAUGGGUGCCACUUUUACAAAGCCAUUGCUGGCUACCAAGGUUACUCAUCUGAUAUGUUACAAGUUUGAGGGGGAGAAAUAUGAGCUUGCCAAGAAGAUGAAGACGAUAAAGCUAGUUAACCAUCAUUGGCUAGAAGAUAGUCUGAAGGCCUGGAAGCUACUUCCAGAAGCUGAUUAUGCUAAAAGUGGGUUUGAGUUGAUGAUGGAGGCUCUAGCUAAAGAUUCCGAAGAAGAGACAGAAGACAUGGCCUCAGUUGAUCUGAAGAAGAAAAGCAUCAUCAGUCCUCACAGUGCACUAGUUGAGAAUAGAAAUUUCCAGUCACCUGAACAGCAGGGGGGUUCAAGAACCAGUGGUUAUGUGACUGCAUGUGAAAGUUUUGCAAAUGUUGGAAAUACCAGCAAAACCAACUCAACUCCUAGAAAAGUGAAUACCGGCAAAACCCAGUCAAUUCCCAGAAAAGAGGCCGACUUUGAAAAUGCAUCAUUAUCUCGUGAUACUCAUUGUGAGGAUAUCGAUACUUCAAACACUUCUUGUGCCAGAAGUCCUGCUAAAAUGUUCUACGGGGUGCCAUCAAAUGUACGCAAUGGCACAACAAACUCUGAAAACAUUGAGCAUGUGAUAGCUUCAGCAUCUGGAAGUGCUAGGAAAUCUGUGAAUGAUGGAUUGUCCAAAUUAAGUACCAAGAGUAUGAAGGCCAGUCUCCCUCUGAGGUCUGAAAGAAUUGAAAGUAUUUCAGGCAGCCCUUUGUCAACUGCAAGUAAAACUGGGCUUUGUGGAGGUUUUGACAUAUCAAUGGAGAGAGAUCUGGAUGAGACAGAUUCUCAUGGUAUCAGAUCAACAUUGAAGGGAAGCUUCUUGCUCCCUAAUGAGGGGAAAACUGUUGGAUCACACCGUACAAACAACCCAACUGUUCCCCGUGGUAGUCCGAGAUCACCAGUUUUAAGCCAUUCCCCAAAAACAUUAAUCAGAAGUGGAUUGGCUACAAAACCGACAGAAAUGCCGGUUUCUAGAUCUUCAGUUGAUGGUUCAUGCCGAAUACCCUGUGAUAUGUCUCCGUUGAAGGGAGCUUUGUCGCACCUUGAUGAGGAACAAACCGGCGGUUUGCCUCGUACGAAGAAAAUGACUAUUUCACGUAGUGGUUCAAAAUCAAGAAGGCUAAGCCGUUCUCCAACUACCCGAUCUGGCUGUUUGAGAGAAGAAGUUGGAACAACCAAGCAGUUUGUCUGGUACGAAGAAGAUGAACGUUCCACGCAGUGGUUCAAAAUCAACAAAGCGAACCCGGUCUUCAAGAUAUUAAUGGGAAGUGGAUUGGAUGCAAAACCAAUGGAAAUGCUGGUUUCUGGAUCUUCAGUUCAUGGUACACAUCAAGUAGGUGCUGAUGUUUCCCCCACAAACGUUACUAGUUGUAUGCGGGAAGAAGUUGGUGGUGUUCUUAACAUGCUGUCUGAGAGGGAUGGAGAUACAACUGAAUCUGGUUUGAUAAAGACUCCUUUGGAGGGAGUCUCAGUGCACCCUAACAAGGAACAGACGAGCAGUUUGCCUGGUAGGAAGAAAUCGACUGUUUCGCGCAGUAAGUCCAAAUCAACAAAACUAAGCCGUUCUCAGGAGACAUUAGUGGGGACUGUAUUGGAUACAAAAGCUACAGAAAUACUGGUUUCUGGAACACCGAUCCAUGGUUCACGUCAGUCAGCUGUUGAUAUAUCUCCUCCCACAUAUUCUAGAGGAAGACCCAAAAAGCGGAGAUUGCCUGAUUCUGAUGUGAAGGACCUUUCUGCGAGCAGGAACAAAUCUUGCACUAGGGAAGAAGAUAUACAUCAAAGUGAUCCACCGGAUGUUAGACCUCCAUUUCCGGGUUCAAGCUCUACGGUAGAGAAACUGGAUGAUCACACGGAUUUGAACUCUUCAAAGGUAGAUAAUAGUGGCACCAAGUCAAAAUCCCCUAAGAAAAAGAUGCUUGCCAGGAAGUCAUUGGGUUCCAAACCAACUUCAUGUAAAGAGAAAACUUCAAAAUAUAAAGGGCUGCUUUCUGCCGUGUUGCAGAGUAAGUCCGCAGGUCAUUUGAAUGGAGCAGUAGCUGUUGAGCACACAAAAAAUGCUUCUCUUGCUGAGAAAUUUGACACCGUCUCUUCAAACCGCAAUGCAGAUGUACCUGUAGGCGAUGAAACUGAAGCUCCAGAAUGCAAAGGGCCAAAUGAGUUUGACACGGGGAGCAAGAAUUCUGCAGAAGUCGAAGAACAUCAUACAAGCAAGCAAUCCAGCAAAAGAACCACACAAAAGAAGGAAGCAAAAUCAAGGGUAAAGAAGAGCACUGAAGCUAAAAAGUUGGCAGAGUUGCCAGAAUCAACAUCAAGAGGUGAUGUUGCAGAGAAUAAAAUAACAGAGGGCAAGAAACGUCCUUUUGCUAUAUCCAAGAUGAAUAAAUUGAAGGGUCCUACCGAGGAGGCCAAACAAGACAAGAAGAAGACUGUCUCAAAGAAAGGAGAAAUGGUUGUGUCAGCUGGUAAAACCAGUAAAAGACCAUCUAAGAAACUAAAAGGUUCACAUGAUGUGGAGAAGGAAAAUAAACCUGUUAUGCAGCCAAUCGUAAGCUGUGAUACAGGAGCAGCUUCAGAUUCUACUCAUAAAUCCAAAAAGCCUCUAAAAGAUGGCAGUAAAGUCGACAAGGUCAAUACCAAGGACCUACCCACCAAGGCCGAACCUGCAUGGUUUAUAUUGAGCGGCCAUAGGCUUCAAAGAAAGGAGUUUCAGCAGGUUAUAAAGCGAUUAAAAGGAAAAGUGUGCAGGGACUCUCAUAAUUGGUCAUAUCAAGCAACACAUUUCAUUGUUCCAGAUCUAAUUCGAAGAACUGAGAAGUUCUUUGCAGCUGCAGCAUCUGGAAGUUGGAUUCUCAAAACUGAUUAUCUAACUGCUAGCACCGAGGCUGGAAGGCUUUUGCCUGAAGAGCCGUAUGAAUGGCAAAAGAAAUGCUUGACGGAAGAUGGAUCAAUCAACUUAGAAGCUCCGCGGAAAUGGCGUCUUCUGAGGGAGAGAACCGUUCAUGGAGCGUUUUAUGGAAUGCGUAUAGUCAUAUAUGGCGAGUGCAUUGCUCCUCCACUGGAUACUUUGAAGCACGUUAUAAAGGCUGGAGAUGGGACCAUACUAGCAACCUCUCCUCCAUACACGCGGUUUCUAAAUUCAAGGGUUGAUUUCGCCAUUGUUAGCGGAGGGAUGCCCCGUGUUGACAUGUGGGUGCAAGAGUUUCUCAGACACGAGAUACCCUGCAUUCUAGCCGACUAUCUGGUGUGCAAGCGAGGCUAUUCCCUCGAUAAGCACGUGCAGUAUCAGACUCAUGCUUGGGCUAAGAGAUCACUCGAGAAUCUAGUUAACCGUGUGGAGGCUGUCGAGGACCACCCUAAAACACCGGAAGAGCACCGCGUCGAUGAUACAGUGUGUCAAGGGUGUGGAUCGCGUGACAGAGGAGACGAGAUGCUCAUAUGUGGUGAUGAAAGUGGUACCCAUGGAUGCGGUGUAGGUACCCACAUGGACUCAGAGGAAGACUGGUUCUGCCGUGACUGCUGCCAUAAAACUAGCAGCCGGAGUUCCAAGAAACGAGCCAAGAAAUCGAAGAAGUGAUAUGCCUAGUGAUCUUGAAAUUCUUGCAAGGUUAAACGUUUGGCAUAAGGCUUGUGAAGUAGCAAAAGAUAGCUGAACAUUGCUCAAGUCUUAGCAUGA